AUGUUUCUCCCCUCCGCAUCUUUGCUGCCGUUGUCCGCGGAGCCGCCUACCAAAGGCAAUUGGUGUGACACGAGCCUCAUUGGUCUGCUUAUCAAUGGGCCAAGGGAUUUUUGCGCGAACUCCAGCACGCUUAUGAAGCCACGGUGGCGUCUAGUGGGUGAGGUGUACCGUUGGAUGUCUACCUUGCAGGGGUGGGACCGCAUGCGGGAACUUCAGGCGUUGUUGCCUCCUGGUCCACACAACGCGGCGCAACGCUUUCUGUUACUAGAGCAUCUUAUAAAUGAUUUAUUGUGCGGUGAAGGUAAGGGUGCGGUGCCUGGCACCGGUGAACACGUGCGGGUGGGUAAAGUUUUUAAAUGGUAUGAGGAGGUCUGCCGCGGCGACCUCGCGCUUCGAACGCCACAGCUGCUGCUUCCUCUUGCGCGAGCCUUGUGUAGGGCCUCGCUUCUGGAUUUGUUAAGUGAACUGGUGAGGAACACAUUUUGCGAUCUUUGGAGCAGGUUUCAGGCACCGCAGCCUCCCUUAGCGUCACAGCUAUUGUUGGAGGCGUUGCUUUUUUAUUCUACGCAUCAUGGUCUGGUCACAACCCAAAUGCGGCUUGGUGGGGACGCAGAGGUCCUUGCAGAGCUCUCCCCCGCCGCCUACGAUGGGGCCAGAGGUAUGGUUACUGCCUUUGCAGAAACGUACAUUCUUGCAUUGUGGCAACACGACUGA